UUAUUUUGAUAGUCUAACAUUUAUGAGAGCGUCUUAUUUUCCACAUUUUUAUUUCAUCUUCUCUUCCUAAUCGCGUGUUUCACGCUACGCCGCCGACCCAACCAUGUCUGAUUCUACCACCACCGCCGCCGUUACUUCGCCGUCACCAACUCUUCGCCGCCACAACUCCAUAACGGCCAUAACACCCAACAAGUUUCACCCUUCAGCAAACAAGCCACCCCUCCGCACAACAAGCUUAGAUUUGGAGCUUCUCUUACUCAAAUCCCCUUACACUUCAUACACAUCACUCAGAGACAUGCUUCCUUCUCCUCACGCCGCCGUCAACUCUCCGACAACCUCAUCCGCCACCAUCAACUCCGGAUACGAGAUCUCAAUCCGCAAUCAUCUCGUUAAGCAAGCUGCCUGGGCUUACCUUCAGCCCAUGUCAUCUUUUCCAACAAACUCCUCCACUCCAAAUUUCCUCCGCCGCCUCUGCCACCGUCUCUCCUCCUCCAGUUCAAUAACCUCUUGUUUUACUUCAAUGGUUUCGGGUUUUACCCGAAUUUUUCAUCAAAUACUCCAAGCAUUCCGGGGUCAAGUAAGAGCAUGAUGGA